UCUCACUCCCUCCUCUCUCUUUCUCUCUCUAUCUCACAUCGCUUCCAACUUUUCUCCUCUCCAGGAAGAAAGACAAAACCCUAGCUCUUGGACUACAGCGAGAUAGAGAGACAGAGGGCGGGAAUCCGAUGAGAGCGGCGCGAUGAUUAUGGAGAAGAGAGCAGAAAAGAUGGAGGUCGCGGCGGUAGCCGGAGUCUCCCAGUUCGUCGCCGACCAGAUCGGCGGGAUCUUCGACAUCGCCUUCGACAGCGGGGGAGACAAGACCUCCGAAGGUUUCCUCGAGCUGCUCGGCCUCCAGGACCUCCCCGUCUCCAUCUUCGAUCUCCCAGCUCCGGCGGCGCCGGUGGAGGAGGCGACACCCUCGGAGCCACCACCGGAGUCCUCCGCGGUGCUCAACUUCCCGGCGACCCCGAACUCGUCCUCGAUCUCCUCCUCCUCCACGGAGGCUGCCACCGACACCGAUCCGGUCAAGACCCAGCCGGAGGAGCACGAGCAACACGAAACCAAGAAAAUUGAUUCGAAGGGAGGGAAGAACAAGCGGCAAAAGCGUCAGAGCGAGCCGAGGUUCGCGUUCAUGACGAAGAGCGAGGUGGAUCACCUGGAAGACGGGUACAGGUGGCGCAAGUACGGACAAAAGGCCGUCAAGAAUAGCCCUUUCCCCAGGAGCUACUACCGCUGCACCAGCGCGAUGUGCGGCGUGAAGAAGCGGGUGGAGCGGUCGUCGGUGGAUCCAGCGGUGGUGAUCACGACCUACGAGGGCCAGCACACCCACCCCAGCACCGUCCUGCCACGUGGCGUCCACCCAGCACUACUCCCUCCUCCGCUCGCCGCUGAAAUGCCGCCGCUGCCGCCGCCGGCGGAGGGCCUCGGCUCCGUCCUCCCUUCGCUCCAGGCGACCGAGCUCCACUUCCCCUACUUCACCAGCUACCUCCCUUCCCCGCCGAUGGACUUCCGCCAUGUGUCCGCCGGUAUCAUCACGGCACCUUCCGGCGAUUUGAGAGACUGCAAGCCCACGGCCGAUAUUCUGAACAGAGAUCACGGGCUGCUUCAGGACGUCAUUCGAUCGGAUAUCGGGAACAAAAAAGAGUAGAUAUUUGGGUGUUCUAUUUGAAGGGAGGGGUGUCCUUAUCCUGGUGGCGUGUUGUGGUUGCUUGGAAUGUUGGCGGCGAGUAAAUGAGGUUGCCAGUUAUAGCUAGGCAAGAAAUUUCAACGCAGGAGACCAAUGUGGAAGGGGAGGGACAGCCAUAGAGCCGUAUGGGCUGUUUGGUAGGUGUCGCCGAUUCUCGAGGAGAGUAGGUGUUCUUGCAUGUUAUAUUAUAUAUGUAUACGUACCAUAAAGAUAUAGAUAUUUACGAAAUUUAUAUUGACGGGUUUAUGGAUGGAUAAUAAUGGUCGUGCAUCCAGAACAUGCGUGAACCAGUGUUAGUUUGAUUUAUUAUUAUUAUUAUUAUUAUUAUUAUGUAACACACCACCAAGUAUUUGUUAUCUUCACGCUUCAGUGUUUUCUCCUGGUUUGUUUUGCACCUUAUCAUUUUCGAACACCACCGAGCAGAAAUAUAUUUGUUUUGUUUUA